AUGGAACUCCAACAACUUUGUUCUAUUAAUGCUGCAAUUUACCAACCGCUAUAUGAAAUGGCACAGGGCCUUAUUAGUUGGAUGGAACAGAAGAAAAACAAGCUCGAAAAACGUGAUUUUCACCUUUAUGUAUCGUGUUGGACUGGUGAUAAUGCUUUAAGAGAGCUUGAAGAAGCAAAUAUUUCGAAACAGUGUUUCCCUAUCUUGCUGGAAUGUGCUACCAAGGCAAUCAAAGUUGCUACAGACUUGGAGACAGCUGAACCGCAUAUAAGUGGCAUGGGAGUCAUAACAUUGGAAGGAAGAGCUACUGGAAACUGGACAUACGCUUUUAGUUUAUGGUGCUUGAAUCCAGCAGUUGUGUUUAGAGAUGUGGCUGAUCUUUCUUUAUCAAUCAUCUUGACUUCAGGAACGCUGUCACCAAUGACAUCCUUUACUUCUGAGCUUGGAGUUCAUUUCGAAACUAGUCUAGAAGCUCCUCAUGUAAUUGAUGUUGACUCACAGGUGUGGCCUGCUGUAAUCUCUACUGGUCCUGGCAAUUAUCCUUUAAAUGCUAGUUAUAAAACUGCAGAUGGAUAUGCAUUCCAGGAUGCAGUUGGAAAAUCUUUAGAGGAAAUCUUCAAGAUUGUUCCAGGUGGAUGCCUUGUGUUCUUCCCGAGUUAUAAAUUGUUGGAAAAAUUAUGCAACCGUUGGUCUGAAACAGGUCAAUGGUCUCGACUAAAUGCAGAAAAGCCUCUUUUUGUUG